CUAGUACGCGAACGUUGCUGGAUUGCAUUCUUUAACGAGUUAAAUUUCUUCUUCACGAAAGUAAAGUUCAUGGCUUUUUUUUUUUUUUUUUUCUCGUAACUAAAAGUUGAAAAUUUACUUUUAUUUUUAGUUAUAAAUCAAGAAAGGGAGGUUUUAAAAAAAAAAUUUUCUUUUGAAAAAUUGUAUUCAAAAAUAAACUUUUCGUACAUAAAGGAUUAUAUUAUAAAAAUAGGAGGACGAUAUUUUCUUCUGAGAGUUUUGUUACGCGAGUCGGUAACCCGGUUUUAUUUAAAACCGGGGAUUCUCUUGAGAUUUAUUUUAAGUUACUCGUCUUAUGUGACGUUCUACCAAAGCCGACGAGACCUGACGGCGCAACUAUAUAUUGUUGUUUAUUUUUGGCAUUUGCGUUCAAUUUGCUUAAAAACUGUUGAUUUUCUUAAUGGAAUUCAAUAAAGAAAAUUUUGAAUAAAAUUAAUUAAAUUCGGUUUUGGAAUGAGUCACGGUCAAAAACCAAAGUUGACGGCGGUUACUUUUGAUAGACUUUGUGUCAGUGGCAAGAUUUUGGCAGACCUUCCGCGUGUUCUAUUUAGUCUUAUGCAGAAGAACGAGGCAAAUUUGGAUGAGUAACGAGAACAGAACAUAAACCAGGUGGAUGAGAGAAAUUGGAAAGCAGGUCAAGCCAAGACGAAAUUGCACUUUGGACGAAGAGGAAGCAAGUAUUGUGUUCAUGCCGAAAUAACAACGCGAAGGACAGAAAGGAGGGGAAAAUGUAGCCAUUUCUCGGACACGUGGAAUUAAGUGAUCAAUUGAAAAAUGAAGGGAUGGUUCGGAGCGUUUCGUAAUGAUGGAGGACCAACAUUGUACAGUUACACUAAUCGUACACCCGUCACUGGCGAUGUGCGACUCAUCACAAUCUUCGUGAUAUUCUGCACGAUAUUCACUGCGUUCCUCAUUAUUUUCCCUGGUAUUCGUAAAGAGAAAUUAUCAACAUUUCUGACAGUCACGUUGAGCCUCUUUGUGGGGACCUCGAUUCAAGUUGCACAAUAUGGCUCGUCGUGGCAUACGACCUCAGCCACUAUUAUCGGCUCCUUCAGCGCCUUCACGAAACAAAGGAUGACCGCAGAAAUCGGCGGGUACAUUGGUCUGAUGCACAUCAACAUCACUUACAGGCAUAUACCGACGAACAUGGAUGUUGCUGACGUUGAAUAUAAUGAAAGAUUCUUAUGGAGAACACCAUACGAGAUGAGAAAUAUGUUUAAAGAAGCACUUGCUCGUGGUGCUCCAUUUCCUAUUGUUUCACUCGUUGAAUAUUUUAGUUUUUAUCAAGAGGGAUUCUCAUGGGGUACCAAAUAUCGAGAGGCUGGAUAUUAUGCUACAAUAAUGCUUUGGACGGGUUUUGCAUCGUGGAUGUUGAUGAACCUUUUAUUGAUCGUGGUACCCCGUUACGGUGCAUACAGCAUGAUUUUCACCGGCGGUUGUUUGCUCUUUACAAAUCUCAUUUAUUGGAAAUUAUUGCCAUCCGAGCCAUUGGUAGCACAUGUCGAUGGAUCAUUUCUUAUAUUUAAUUUCGGUUGGAAUUAUUGGCUCGUUCUUAUUGCUGGUAUAACGUGUCUUUUCUCUGGAAUUGUACUUACCGCCAUUGACUUUAUAUUUCCAAAUCAGUUUUCAACGAUACUUGAAGUUGAUUAUGAUACUCCUUAUAAUAGACACGUUAAUAUAGAAGAGAGUUUUGACACUAGAAGUAUUAGAAGAAAAUUGCCUAGAAUAGAAGAUUCCUUUGGCGAUCGUUUUCUCAGUCAAUUAUCGACAAAAUUGAAUCAUGAAAAACGAGAAGACACCGAAGGCGUAAUAAAUCGUGGCUAUGUAUCACAUGAAUCUUCCGAUAUCACUGAAGAGCCAGCGAAAAAUAAUAAUUGGUCUUAUUCAAUUCCCUCUGCUCAAAGGCGACUUGUUAGUACAAGUUAUUGAAGAAGAAGAAGAAAAAAGAAAUUGUUCUUUAUUUAUCCAAUUUAAAUCUGUAAAAAAAAACCCAAUUUCAAAUGUAAAUAGAAAAAAAUAAAACACUUGCCAUAGUAUAAUUAUUAUUAUACAA